GACCCAUGGAAUGGUCUGCAAGACAACAGUGACACAGAGGUUAUGACCCGCGCAAUUCUCAUAGAGCUUCUUCUUUUUUCUUUUUUUUUUCUUUUUUAUUUUUUGGGCUUGAGGAAAUUCUCAUAAAGCUUUUUGUAUUAAAUUGUGUGGGUAUUUAUUCCUCUGCUGCCGUCUCUCAAAGGAAAUUAAGAAAAAUUGCACUCAACAUUCCCUGCUACUCCUGCCCAGUUGCAGCUGCCAAGUUCUUUCACCAUUAGCAAUCUGUUCUUGCGAGGUCUCAUGGAUAUCCAAUUGCCGCUUAGUAAAUUAGCUCUGGAUUUAAUUGAUCACCAAACGGAGAACAAGACAUAUGUAGUUCUAUUAGCAACUGGAAGUUUCAAUCCUCCAACUUUUAUGCAUUUACGCAUGUUCGAGCUGGCAAGGGAUGCCCUGAACUCAGAAGGCUUCUGUGUAAUUGGUGGUUACAUGUCACCUGUUAAUGAUGCAUACCAAAAGCAAGGCCUUAUAUCUGCAGAACACCGCAUAGAGUUGUGUCAUCGAGCCUGCAAAAGUUCUGAAUUUGUAAUGGUCGAUCCAUGGGAGGCAAGACAAAAUACCUACCAACGCACUUUAACUGUUUUGUCUAGAGUGAAGAGUUCCUUAGGUGAGGGAGGGGUGAUACCCAAAGAAUCUCUGAAAGUUGUGCUUGUCUGUGGUUCUGAUCUUCUCCAAUCAUUCGCUACUCCUGGAGUUUGGAUUCCUGAGCAGAUCAGAACGAUAUGCAGUGAGUAUGGUUUGGUUUGCAUUCGAAGGGAAGGACAAGAUGUUGAGAAAAUAAUCUCAAAUGACGAAAUAUUGAAUGAGAACAGGGGAAACAUAAGAGUUGUGGAUGAACUCAUACCGAACCGGGUAAGCUCGACAAGAGUAAGGCAUUGCAUCUCAAAAGGGUUGUCAAUAAAGUAUCUGACUGCAGAUGAAGUGAUCGAUUAUAUUAGAAAACAGAAUCUGUACACUGGAACUCAAAGAAAAUGAGAAAUGACCGAUGGUGAUCAUCACUUAAUCAUUGAAAUAGAACCAAUGAUUAAUAAAAUUAGCAAGCAGUUUGUACAAGCAGGGAUUGUAUACCGUUAAACGUGUAAGAUACAUAAAAGUUAAUGACAGUUCUUUUUAUUGUGCUUAUUCACCA